ACUUUUUUAGAUGGGAAAUCAUGACAAUCACCGCGUAGCCUCGCGUUAUCCCGGCAGAUUGGAUCAAAUGACCAUGUUGUCCAUGAUUUUGCCGGGCUUGGCAGUGACUUAUAACGGCGAUGAAAUUGGUAUGGUGGACAAGACGGAUAUAUCGUGGGCGAAUACGCAGGAUCCCGAGGCGUGCAACGCAGGCAAAGACCAUUACGCGUCUGUGUCUCGCGAUCCAGAACGGACGCCGUUCCAAUGGGACGCGACGAAGAACGCAGGUUUUAGUACGGCAAAUUCGACGUGGCUUCCGGUGAAUGAAAACUACAAAGAGUUGAACUUGUUGAAAGAGACUAAGGCUCAUGACUCGCAUUACAAGAUCUACAAAACCUUAGCCUACAUGCACCGAAAGGAACCAGCACUUACCAAAGGAAGUUACAGAUCGUUCUUGGCGAACAAUGGUACAGUCCUGGGUGUGAUCCGAAACUCUGGUUCCCGCACCGUGCUGCUUCUGAUUAACUUCUUGGACGACAUCCCUCAAAAAGUGGAUCUAUCAGGCAAAGGACUUCCGCUACUAAUGAAGGUCAAGGUUGCCAGCUUGGAUGCUCAAGUAAAAAGGUAUGACUUUCUCAAACAAUUUUUUUUUAGGUUGUUUAUAUACAUAUUUAUAACUGUGUUACAACUCUUUUUC